AUAAUUCUAAUGCACGGUAUUGUGCUUUGGCUUAAGCUAAUUUCGUAGUAAAGUUUUUAGCUUGUGAUAUAAUUUUUCUUCCGACUGAUGUAAAUAUAGAUAAUAAUACUACAUCGGUUGCGAUGACUACAUCGAAGAGGAUGAAUUCGACAACAAUGACGAAUAUAUUGCUUUGAAUUAUAAUGAUUUUCACGAUCACAGAAAUAAAUCUUGUCUCUCACCGCCUCUAGACGAAUCUGAAUCUGAAAACUAUGACUUCGAUGAACAACACUGCGAAGGUCAAGGCAAUUACGAACAAUACUUCAUUCCCGAUUCCAGUGGGAAAUCAGUAGCUGCUGGUCAACAUUCGUGUUUGAAAUUGAAAGAUAAUUAUUGCUAUCUGGAUCGGAAUGCAUAUGAUACAAGAGUUAUGAGGAAUUUGGCAUCGACGGAAGAUUACGAACAUCCUCGUGGAAGUUAUUCCCCGAGGUUCAUUCAGGCCGCUCUUGAAAGAACCAAAUCGUCGAGUUUUUGGGGCGAUGGUUUGUCCAAAAAAGUCGUCAUAAAUGUAUUACCAGGGCAGACGUUCUUCUCUGGUAACAUCUUCGAAACCACUUGGAACUGUUUCAAACUUUUCACUCUUCCUUACAAUUAGACGAUGAGUUUCAUGAUUUCGCGGGAUAUGACGAUCAGGAAAUAGAAAAUAUCAGUGUGUCAUUAGACGAUCAGAAUUAUUGCUCUGAUUAUCAUUCGCAGCAAAUGCAACCAUCGAGACAAGUCCCCCAAGCAUCGCGAUACGGAGGUAUAUUAAAAAAUCUUCAUUAUCACUCUAACAUGAAAACCUUAUACUGAUUCAUGAUAGUCAUUACGGCAGUGAAUAUUUUUGUCGCAAAAUUCAUGUAACAUAAACUGCAAUGGAAAUUUAGAGAUUUGGACGUCUUCAGAAAAGAACUCCAUAAUCUGAUUCAAUUUAGUGCACUCUGCUGCGGGCUUUUCCAGUGAAAAGUCUACCGUUUAUUGUAAUAUGCAUGAAAACCAUUUACAGGGUAAACUUUGUGAUUUAAGUAAUUAAGUUGUUGCGAGAAUGACAAUGAGUAAUGACUGUAAAAAGUGUUUUGAACGCAACACAAAAACCCAAAAGCAAACUGUCUGACAUUUGCAACAUAGGAUUGAGGUCGAUGGUGGAGAACUUGAUCUACAAUACACAGGUGAUAAUCUUCUCCAAGACUUACUGCCCGUACUGUGAGACUGCUAAAAAUAUUUUUGAUGAUCUCGACCAACCGUAUACCGUUUUGGAAUUGGAUAAGCGAGCCGACGGUGAAGAUAUUCAGGAAAUCAUGGGGACCAUAACCGGGGGAACAUCUGUCCCGAGGGUUUUCGUCAAUGGCGUGUUUAUCGGUGGUGGCGAUGAUGUCAAGAGAUUAUACGAAAGUGGCGAACUUGAGGAAAUGCUUGGCUGCGAAUAAAAUUCUAUAACGAAUUACUUGAAAUUAUUUCGCUGUGCCAAGGAAAUUGUAUCCUCUUGCAGAGUGUACAAUUCUUUUGGCUGUGGAGACUCACAAUCAGAUAGCAACGAGGAUACUGCGGAUUUGGUGAAACUUGGCAAAGUCAUUUAUCAUAUGUACGAACCAAACGAUGCCUUCUCGGACGUUUCUGAUGCAACUGUCAUUUUAGAAGCUCUCGAGGAGACGUUUGCUUUUCAAAAGCUGUCGAAAGGGCAUCUGUUGAAGUCAGUUACAUCCUCUCCGAAACGUGGCUCUCCAUUUCGCAAAGCUAUAAGGAAGGUCAAGACGACGUUGGACCUGUCCAAAAAAGGCUACGGAAAUGCUGUCUUUAGUCAAGCCGAGAAAAAUAGCGGCGCUGGCUUAUCCUCCGGUAUUCACAUCCGUCGGAGGUGAUCUUUGUCAGUUUGUGGCUGUUCAGGAAAUUCCAAAUUUCGGGCUUCACGGCUACUACGCUAUUUCAAUCGAGCCACUGCCCAAGUGGUCACACGCCAGUACGAAUUCGGCGAAGAAGGCGAAACUGAAGCCCAAGCAUUUCGCUGAUUGUUUUAAAGACACGUGCAAACUUGCCGAGGAGGCUUAUCAUUCAAAGAAUAAGCCUGACAAACCGGCUUCUUCGUCGUUAUCAUCAUCCCAACAACCGGCGUCCCAGCAGCAGCUACUGGAAUCUGCUGAUAAAAAUUCCCAAGAACUUGUCGAUCCUAAAAAUGCGGAAGCUGGUUCUGGAAAUAAGAAAAAACAACCGAAUGACUGCGAGAGGAUUUCAAGGCCAACACCUAAGUUUGUACCAUUCCCGCCAAUCCCAUACCAGUCAUAUCGGAAGGAGAUCGCGGGUUUCGAGUCCCGACCAACAUGGGGCAGAAGUCGCUACUUUGAAAGACUGAUUGACGAGUCUCCUCACCUGCCAACCGAUCUUGACGUGUCUCAGGCAGAUGCAUUGCUACAUGGGAUAAGUGACAAGACUUUCAAGAAAGCCGAAAAUCACGGACCAUGCGCUAUCUCGGAAACUAGACGGCGUGUUGAACGGAUGAUGGACCUUCCUCCUUGUGCACUCGAUCCAGGGGAAGCAAUGCCACCUCCAGGUUCACCGUACACCUGUUGUCCAAAAAGGGAACCAGUCAUAGACACACACUGUGUCGACAUGUGUCUAAGCGAACAGGAUUUUUAUCCUUGUGAAGAAAGGUCAAGCGUGUCCCUACGAGGAGGUAGUGACAGCGGAAGUUGUUGCAAUUCUCAAAAUCGGAGAUCCAGAUCGCGCACAUCAAGCAAUAGUAGGAUCAAUGACAUUAACUCUCGUCAAUAUUAUGCAGCGCAAUUUCCACGACAGCAACGAAACGAACAUACCACUCGUUAUGGGUCCAUCAACGAUGACACCGAUGGUACGUUGGACGUUGAUACAUCGAUACAAAAUAUCACAACGACAAGCAGAUACUUGGAUCCAGAAAAAUCUGGCAAUUUCAAAUGGCUUGAGGACAUGGAACACGUUACUUUCUCUGAUCCUACAGAAAUGUCCUUCACAGGGUCUGAUUCGAGAGCACGGAUGAGGUCAUUUUCUUCAAACACGACGAUGAACGGGGGAAGUCCAGAUUUUGAUGAAGAGCCACCGAUAAACGAGGAACUACACCCUGAAGAACUGAUGCCUCGAGCUGCAGAGCGAAUGCAUUCCUCCAAAUUACAUCAUUCGCAAAGAUCCUCAUCACCUCCGGGUCGAUCCUCAUCUUGUUACCCUAACAACAGAUCCUACACUCACGAUAGUUGGGAACAGCAGACGGGGUUGAGCCACAUUAAUGAGGACAUUGAACCGUCAAUCGCAGUCGUGAGACGAAGAUACGCCAAAUCUCGAGAAGCGUCAAAUCGCCGUCCCGAAAUACACGAAAAGACGUACCGGUGGAAAGAAAUAGUUGAUGAAACUGAACCAAGCAGAAAUGAGUCUCUAUGUUCAAAAGAUGUCAACAGAAUGUCAAGCUUUGAUCCCGAGUAUUUGGAUUACAUAGAAGCUGUAAGAUCAGAUCACGACUAUUGCUGCGAAGAUGAAGAUGAAGAAAUAGAAAAACCACGUUAUUCUAAUCGUAUUAGUGGACCAGCAAUGGACAGGGAUAUGUUGCAAUAUUCAAAAAAAUUAAUGAGGCCGCCAAAACCACCACCGUCAUCCGGAAGAGUGAUCAUGCCGCUCUCCAAACAGAGUCAACGGAAACAGAGGAUCCUAGAAAUGGAAGAGACUAAUUCUCCUGAUGUGAAUGUUAACGAAGAUGAAUAAAAAUUAACACCUAACUAAUAAUUUGCAUGUUACAAUUUUCCACAUUAAAUUUACCUGAUACACGCAUUCAAGUUUCCGUGAAAAGUUAUUCAUCACAAAUCGUUGUGUGUAUGGAACUAUAAAUGUUAAAAUACUGAGAGUAAUAGCGUGAACAUACAAAGAAAAUGUGUAAAUAAGUCCGUACU